AUGUGUUCAACAGCCAACUAUGUUCUCCCACUGAGGAGAACCUUUGAGGUAAGUCCAUCAGACUUAACCGGCACAAAAUCAUAUGAUAUACUGAUAAAUUGUCAUUAACAAUAAUCGGUUCCCUUUUGAUAUCAAGGGAUUUGCCACUCCAGGCAGGCUGUGUGGAGGAGUUUCCAUGUCAACUAAUUUCCCUGGAGCCAGGCCUCAUGGAGCUCCUCAGGAUACAGAGAUGGACGUGGCUUGGCAGGAGCUGAUGGCCAUCACAGAGCUGCAGGUAUCGAUCAAGCACAGACAUAUUUACAACUUUUUAAAAUGUUGUCUUUUUAUCCUGAUAUUGUAAGUCAUCAAAAAAAAAAUUGUGCCUCAUAGUCAUGUUAGCUUUUAUAACCUUUGUGGAGGGUGUUCUGUAUUUUAAACAUAGAAGUGGGUGAGGCUCAUUAUGGUACAUAUUUUCAUUUGUUGCCAAGUGUGGCAAAGCUAAAACACACUCAGCUAUAAAAGGACAACAAUGGCCUGUUUGAAUGAUGGCAGGAUAAAGAGUUUGUGAAAGAGGGCAAGUGCUGUAUGUUGCUAGCAGCCUCCUAUACUGCACAAUAGCCAUCUGUUUCAGGUGAAACCUGACCGGAUCUAUCAGAGCCCUUCAUAGGCUAUGGGUGGCAUGCUGAAGUGGGGGCAAACUGUGUGCUAUAGUGCGCUGGAUGAGACCAAAAAAGACAAUGUUCCACUCAUUAACCUGAAGGUCUAGGAAAUUUAGUAAUUGCCUUCAAUCAUUGUGUAACACUGGCUGAUCUGAAUGUCAUUCAUACCUGGCGAUGUCCUUAUUUUGUCUCUUAAACUAGUUUGAUACCCCUGGUGAAGCCUCCUAUGAAGCAUCGCAGUACCAAAGCAUGGAGCCCAUGGUCCCUAUGGGAGGAUAUGGGAUGACUCAGACCCAUCAACAGCCUCCGCAGGCUGCUUGUGAUCUCAGCACUACCAACACGUAUGAUGGAUGCUACUCUCAAGAGGUGUCGGUUUGUCAUCAUCAAAUAAACAGCAAUGCAGAGGCGAUCUACGGACAUUCUGAACCUCAUCCCAGUCAGCGUUUGCCCCUUAUACCAGCGCACACCCAGCCCUCACUCAUGGCUCCAAGAGAACAAAUGAGCAUGUCUGGUUCUGGUCAGGGAAACAGGAGGUCCAAUGCUUGCCUCUCUCAGGGUCGGCACGUGCUGUGGACAGCACACGGACAGAGUUCACACACUCGCUCAGCUGAUGAUCUUGAAUCAGACUCUGGUCUCUCUUUGGGUUCCAGCCCACCUUUGGCCUCACCUGAUAACCCUGUUGGUGGUGUACCGGGCUACCAAAGUGUAGACGUUAAUAUGACACAUAGUGAUGGUGAGUCAGACAGUAUGACUGAGCAUGCUCGAGCAGUACAUGUGCAUUAUUCCAUGGACUACCAGAAUCAUGCUCACACCUAUUUACAGUCAGGUGCACAUACCUCUUAUUAUCCAACCCAAAAUGCCUAUUCUCAAUCUAACGCCUUUGGUCAUUGGUCAGGUAAACAGCAGGGUCAAAGCACAGCUCUGGGUGACUUGUUCACUGACUCUGGUGUCACCAGCAGAGGGAGCUCACAACAUAAUCUGUACACCAAGCCGUCAGGGAGCACCUCAGCGUCUACUCCACUGAGCAGAGAUGAGAGACGGGCCUUCGCUCUGAAGAUCCCCUUCCCCAUGGAGAAGAUCAUCAAUCUACCUGUGGACGACUUCAACGAGCUCCUCACACAGUAUACUUUGACAGAUACUCAACUGGCACUGGUCAGAGACAUUAGACGAAGGGGAAAGAACAAGGUGGCUGCUCAGAAUUGCAGAAAAAGGAAGCUUGAGAGUAUCAUCAACCUCGAGAGACAACUGAACCAGCUGCAGGCCCAAAGAGAGCACCUAGCACAGGAGAGGCUGGAAUUCAAGCGCAGCCUGUCUUUUAUUAAAUGUCGCCUGGCAGACCUCUAUUCUGAAGUAUUCGCACACUUAAGAGAUGAAGAUGGACAGCCUUACUCAGUAGAUGAGUACUCUCUGCAACAGACGCCUGAUGGGAAAAUUUAUUUGGUGCCCCAUACAUCUAUGCACAAAGGAGAGCAAUGUUGA